ACAAACAGAUAAUCGUGCCCUGCGCCCCCGCCCUUUUAAGCCGCCGGCGACCGGCAGCGUCUUCCUCUCCUCCUCCGCGCCGCGGUCCCAUGGCCCGCGGAGGCACAACGCACUAGCGCAGUGCGCAGAGGGGAGACGCGAACGCAAACGCGAGCGGCAGUCCCACGAAGGCGCGGAGCGAGCGAGCGACGGCCGCCGGCGCCGCGGCGGAGAAGAGAGCAACUCCGUGCCUGUGCGUCUGUGCGAGCAGAGAGCAGCGGCGGAGCGGAGAAGACGGAACGCUCGCGGCCUAAAUCACGCUCCCAAAUCUUUUUGAUUCCAUCUAACCCAAUCAUCUAAUCGCACCUCCUACCGAACCCCUGCCAUGGCAUGCCACGUACGCGACCUGGCCAGUGGCCACCCAACCUGUGGGCUGUGGGCAGUACGAGUGUACGACGACAGGCAUAAGUUUUGACUGUAUUGUAGUUGUAGGCUUGUAGCCUUGUAGGCUUGCCGGCUGCGGCUGCUCAGCUCUACGUUGUUCCGGAACAUUCUGCUUCGCCGUCCCGCGACCGCGAGCACCACCGCUAGCAUAAACCGGCGACGCGCUAUUAAUCCAACCCAAAAGUCAGGCAUCACUGCGAGCCAAGUAUAGCAGGCGCGGAAAGGGGCCAAGGGGGCGAGUGGAGUUGCUGCGGUGCCCGUCUAUCUUCGGGGAGCGUCUGGGGUUGCCGGCGGGGAGGCCAUGGACCGGGGUCGAAGCGAGAGCGGCCUGCGGUCGCACGGGUCCGGCAAGGUCUCCUCUCGGCCGGGGUCGGGGUCGCUUGCGUUCCCAGAGGAGCAACCGAUACUAGCCGAUCGCGACGGCGGCGACCGCCGAGAGGUUGUCGUGAAGAUCGAUGGGAGCGGGAACGGGCACGCGCCGUUCUCCUUCCAUGGAGCGGACGCAGGUGCUGACGGUGGCGGGGGGAAGGCGGAGAAUGCGACCUCCAGCACGAACUCCACAGCGACCACGCCGCAGGCCGAGAGCAGGUCGAUGUCGAGCGAGACCAACUAUCCUAUGCCACCGGCCAAUGUGUGCCGGCGGGAGGGGAGCUACGAGUUCUGGAACAAUGACGGCGGCAGCGCCGAGGCGUUCAGCUUCCAGAACCGUCCGCCGCAGGGGCCGCACUCGUCGUCCCCUUCAAUAUCGCCGCCGCUGCCGCCAGAAGGGGGCGGCAUGGACCCACCCGCCCGGCUCAACGGCAGCUUCCACCGGAAGCAGGUGGCGUCCGACGGCGAGAUGUCGCUCGACCUCGACCUGGAGAUGGACGAGCUCGGGAGGACGGCCGCGCAGCUGCGCUCGCACCCAUCCUUUUCCAGCUCGCUCGAAAGGGACGACCGCGUCUCGUUGCAGGAGCCACAAAAGCGGCACUCCGCGUCGUCCUGCUCAUUCGAUUCCGACACCGGCGACGGCCGAAAGCGCCGCGGCGACGACGGCGAGGUCGUUCGGUGCACGUCCUCCUCUAGUGCUGCGGGAGCGGGGCCGUUGCUGCGAGUCAACACGCGCUCCCGGCUCAUGGACCCGCCGCCGCAGUCGCAGCGGGCGCCGGCACCUGCCGCGUCUUCUGUCGUCGACGAGGAGCGAAAAUCUUCAGGCUUGCGGACUCCUACAAAGUCGGGCCGCCUCUUCUCCAGGCUUAUGUCCGGCAACAAGUCCGGUCCCAUUGCUGGCAAGUCAGGUCCCAUGGACGACGAGGAGGACGAUCCAUUCGUGGACGAAGACAUUCCCGAUGACUUCAAGCGUGGGAAGCUGGACGCUUUGACGGUCUUGCAGUGGCUCGGCUUGUUCCUUAUCAUCGCGGCCUUGGCAUGCAGUCUCAGCAUAAAGAUCUUGUCCACGAAGAAGGUGCUGGGUUUGCACCUCUGGAAGUGGGAGCUCCUCGUGUUCGUGCUCAUCUGCGGCCGUCUCGUCUCCGGAUGGGUCAUCAGGAUUGCCGUCUUCGGUGUCGAACGCAACUUCUUGCUGAGGAAGCGCGUGCUCUACUUUGUGUAUGGAGUGCGCAGCGCCGUGCAGAACGCGCUCUGGCUCGGCCUGGUGCUCGCCUCUUGGCACUUCUUGUUUGACGAGAAUGUCCAGCAGGAGACGAACUCUCCAGUACUGCCCUAUGUGACGAAGGUACUAUUCUGCUUUCUUGUUGCCACGCUCAUCCGCCUUGUCAAGACAUUGCUGCUGAAGGUACUGGCCUCCUCCUUCCAUGUCUCGACGUACUUUGAUCGGAUUCAAGAGGCAUUGUUCAAUCAAUACGUCAUCCAGACACUCUCUGGGCCGCCACUAGUAGAAGAAAACCAUGUGCUUGAGGAGGUUCAUGAGCUCCAACGUGCAGGUGCAACUAUACCAAAGGAGCUGCGUGAUGCAGUACCAACCAAACAUGUAUCUGAGCAGAGGAACAUUCAGUUAUCAGGGGUCAUGCCUGAGGGACAAGGUAGCAAGCAGCUGUCGAAAGAGAAAAGGGACGGGAUCUCUAUUGAUGCACUUAACAAGCUCAACCAGCGAAAUGUCUCAGCUUGGAACAUGAAGAGGCUGAUGAGGAUUGUUCAAUUUGGGACAUUAACGACUAUGGAUGAGCAGAUACAACAGGCAAGAGGUAAGGGAGAUGAAUCAGCAACACAGAUACGAAGUGAAUAUGAGGCAAAGAUAGCUGCCAAGAAGAUCUUUAGCAAUGUAGCAAAGCCAGGUUCCAAGUACAUAUACUUGUCGGACUUGAUGAGAUUCAUGAGGCAGGAAGAGGCUGUUAAAGCAAUGGAUCUUUUUGAAGGGGCACAGGAGCACAGCAGGGUCAGCAAGAGGUCUCUCAAGAACUGGGUGGUGAAUGCAUUUAGAGAGCGCAAAGCUCUUGCCCUUACACUCAAUGAUACGAAAACUGCAGUAAACAAGCUGAACCAGAUGGCUAACGUUAUUGUGGGGAUCAUUGUGUUUGCUCUCUGGCUUCUUAUCCUGGGAAUAGCAACAGCAAAUUUCUUUGUCUUUCUCACUUCACAGAUUCUCCUGGCAGUUUUCGUGUUUGGGAAUACGUUGAAGACGCUCUUUGAGGCAAUUGUCUUCUUGUUCGUGAUGCAUCCCUUUGAUGUCGGUGACCGCUGUGAAAUUGAAGGUGUUCAGUUGGUUGUUGAGGAAAUGAAUCUCAUGACAACGGUGUUUCUCCGAUCUGAUAACCUGAAGAUAUAUUAUCCGAACAGUGUACUCGCAACAAAACCAAUUAUGAAUUUCUACAGAAGUCCUGAUAUGGGCGAAGCAAUUGACUUCUCCAUUCAUGUUGCAACUCCUGCCGAGAAACUGGCCCUGAUGAAGGAACGGAUACUGCGCUACAUUGACAACAAGAAGGAACAUUGGUACCCGGGCGCGAUGGUUGUACUCCGGGACGUCGAUGAUACCAACAAACUGAAAGUGUCAAUAUGGCUGCGACACACACUCAACUUCCAGGACAUGGGCACGCGUUUCGUGAGGCGAGAGCUAGUGCUCCAGGAGAUGAUCAAAGUCCUGAAGGACCUCGAGGUUGAGUAUCGGAUGCUUCCACUUGAUGUGAACGUUCGCAGUGCGCCUCCAAUCCAGUCCACAAGGAUGCCUACAACAUGGAGUUAUUCGUGAAGCCAGUGACCAGGAACCGGACCAUUUGGCCGUGGCAUUCCGGAUGAGGACUUGCUACGUUCCUCCAUGGAUUUGGUGGGUUUAAGCUGCAAGAUCUUGUUGGCAGCGCAAAUGGCGUGAUGGUGGUGAUCUUGGUAGCAAAUCGAGCUAGAGAUUAGCAUAUUACUAUAUUAGCAUGUAGAGAGCUGUUAGUUGUGCCUGCACUCGUCACUUGUGCAGAAUGGAUGGGAUGGAACGCAUGCCGGAUGCGACAGCGGCAACGAAGAUGGUGGGCGGAUGGCAAUAAUGUAGUGCUCUGUUGAUCUGUUGUAUACUUGUAUCUGUGAGUUGUGACGAGAAACCUGUUGUAUACGGAGGUCCUGAACUUGCAGAAUUCAAAUUGGCAAUGUAUUACAGAUUCUCCAGCCUCUGCAUAUUAUGCGGCCUCUGCAUAUUAUGCGGGUAAGGCUUGACACUUAAA